UUGCCCGGCAACCCGUGAGGGACAGGACGGAGGAGCGGGCGAAGGGCGGGCGGCGGCCAUGAGGCCUGAAUCAGAGGAGCAAGCCCAGUCACAGAUAGCUUUAAAAGUCCUACAACAUCAACUGGAAUCAUUCCAGGCUCUUCGAUUGAAGACGUUGCAGAAUGUUAACAUGGUACAGUCUGAAAUCAGUGAAAUACUCAGUAAAAAUAUUGUGGAGAUGGAGUAUCCUCAGAUCUGUUCCGAAAAGAUUUUGCUCUCCAGCCCGCCAGCUGAAAGGAUCUUGCCUAAAGAGAAUUCAGAAGGUGGUCUUUCCAAGGAGAAAACUUCUUAUUUUGAAAAAUUCAACCUGGCUCCCUCUGAGGGAAAAAAGUCUAAUUCUGUUGCUGGUAACUUCAUCCAAGGCAUGAAUAAUCCAACCUACAUCCCACUAAAAGAUAUCUCAAUUAGGAAGACGGAGACUUUGGUAAAAAUUGGGAGCCCUUCAGAAAAAUGCAGUGGAUUGAAAGAUUGUGACAACCUCGAUAGCAUUCAGCCUUUCCCGAAUCAAAGCCUGGUGACCUCUACUGCGAAAAUCAUUUUGGAUGAAUCGAAGAAAAUUCUGCCUUUUCCCACGCCCGAACUCUGGGAAGACUUGGAAGGCAUGUGCGGAUCUGCCAAACUAGCGAAAGAAGGGUCUCAAAAGUCACAGGAAAAGGAUCUUAUACUUGGAUCGGACCUUCGGACCUUAAAACAUGUUACAGGAGCUCAGGGUGAGAGUUCAGAAGGCCCGUUCAAAAAGCAUACAGAAAAGGCUGUGAGAGAAAGUUGUAGAACUACGAGAGAGACACCAAAUGGCACACAAUCCGGGAGAGUUUCGGAAUUCGAGGCUUCGAUAAAGAAAUUAAAUUCUGUUAUUGUUGCCCUUAAAGGAAGCAGCAUGCACCUUUGCCGUGAAUGUGGGCGGAUAGCCGAGAGAGAUGGUUUGUCAGAUCUUGGCCAUGUAACUAUGCAAGCAGAAGACUAUUUAGGGGUUUUCCCUUUAGCCUGCCAGGGGCCAAAGGACCCUUCCUCCCUAGUUGAUAGCUCAAAACAUGCCAUAGAUAGAGAGAAGCAGAAACCGAGUUCUGCAGAACCAGAAAACGAGGCAUCCGACACGGUCAAAACUAGGACCGAUCAGUACAUUGCCAAAAUCCAGCAAUUGCAGAGUUCCCUUAAAGAAGCCACGCAAGCCCAGAAGAAGCUGUUGGAAUUAGAGGGUGAAAAUCUAACUCUAAAGAUGAACAUCAAGCCCCUGGUUGACAUGAUGAAAUCUGUGAGAGAGAAAAAUGCAGAAUACGAGAAGACAAUCGGGCAGUUAGUAGGAAGUAAGAAAGAUCUUCAGGUCAGGUUGGCUAAAGCCGAAGAAGGCAGUAGGGGCUGUGCCCAAGAACUGGCCAAGUUAAUAAAGAGCUACAAGGAACUUCAGUGGCAAAAUAAAACUCUGGAAGCGGAAAGCCACCAGCGCUGUACUGAGAAACAGCACCUGAUGCAGACCAUAGAAGACCUGAAAAGUAAAAAGGAGACCGUUCAAAACGAGAAGGCAGGAGCGGUUGAAGAAAACGAGAGGCUGAACGAAGCCGUAGCCGCCGCAAAGAAAAACGCUUCCUUGUUGUGCGAGGAAAAUCAGAAACUAGAGAGGAGAGCGGAGCAGCUUGCGAUGGAAAAGACCGCCCUCGAAAAGGAACUGGAAAAAAAUCAGACGGCUUUACAGCAACUGCAAGAAGAAAAGAGCGUCGCGCGAUCAGAACGAGAGGCUCUCCUCCUGAAGAUGCGGGCGAUAACGGAGGAGAAAGUGAACUUGGAAGCCACGCUGCGGCAUCGGGGCUUGGCAAGGCAGAAACUGGAGACAGAGUCUGGAGAUGCCUGGUUGCCCCAGGCCAGCGCAGCGGAGAAACUGCGGGCAGAACUGCAAAACGCGAAAGCGGAAACCAGCAUUUUCAAGAACGGCCUGUCUGAUGUGGGCAGGGAAUGUGAGGUACUUUCAGAGAUGGUGAUGGAUCUCCAAGCCAACAACCGGAUGCUAAACGAAGAACUAAAGAAACGCGUCCAAGAAAACCUGGAGUGUGAAAGCAACGUCCGGAGGCUUAUGGAAGACAAGCUCCUCCUGGAAAACUGCUUACGGACUGUGGAAAACGAGAAGGAUGCGUUGCAGUUCCAAAUGAGACAUUUCGGCGGAGACUACCGCCUUCUAAGUGAUGACAUUUCCCUCCAGUACGGUGAUUCAGUCAAACUGGGUUACAUUUCAAGAAAGAAGAAAUAUUGGUUUGAAAAGUCUAUCGGGAGCUGUGAAGAAAAGCCAGCCUCCAAGCCAAAAACUUCAGAAGGCAUUCCAGUUAAACUGCAGUCAGAUCUUUCUUCAAAGAAAUGCUAAUAAAUUUUCACACCCUAUUUAAAAA